AUGUUGGUCGACUCCGACACAGCGUCGCUCAACGCGUUCCCCUCCAACGUGGUGGUCUAUGAUGAGCCGCUUCCUUGCGCGGACAGCGGCGGCAGCACCGUCACGGAGGUGCUCGUCAUCAGCCACGGUGAGCACUCUGGUGGAGGUGGCCAGGAUCCGUUGCAGGCGGCAAUGCAAGACCUGGCUGCGCCUAUCCCGGAAGACGCCGACGCUGAGACGCUGGAAGCGCGCCGCAUCCAGCUCAUCGAGAGCGCCAACCGGCUGGCCAGCAUGAGACGCAUUUCGGAGGCCUACCAGCGGGAAAUGGGCCGUGCCGUCGGCGGCACGCCGGCUCCUGGUGGGCCUAGCCGCAUUGGCUUGGUCCGACAACGUGGCGCGACCAUCGCCAGCAUGUUUGGGACAGAUCGUCCCAUCUACGCCAUGCCUGCGGAGAACAUACGAGCUGCCCAAGCGGUAGUAGACGAGCUAGACAAGCUCGAGGGCGACGAGCGUUGCCACAUGACGGAGCGAGUUCAACAGCUCCUCGACGCGGCUGCUGAGCAGCAAGAUGCCGGAAAUGACAACGAGCAGGCUAACGCCUUGGCACGAAUCGGCUCUACCCGGCAAGCAAUACCAGCCGGCAUCGCCCUGCAAUGCCUCCUCAAGCCGUCUGUCAAGCCAUCGCCAGAGUCGGAUUCCAUCUUUGUGCCGGCUCCUCCUGAAGCAGUCGGAUCCGACUUGAGGACCCCAGCAGCCGGCAUGGGGAAUUCGGCAGGCGACCCGGGGACUGCAGCAGCGGCACCCGGCCUAGGGACUUCAGAGCCCGACCCGGGGACUGCAACAGUCGGCCCGGGGACUUCAUGGACUAAGCAAGCGGCAGCCGACUCCGACCCGCUGCCUCCCGGCCCAACCGCCCUCGUGCAAGUGGCAGUCCUAACAGUCGAAGAAGUUGCAGCACCUUCCUGGGCUCAGCCCAUCCUCAAAUUUCUGGUGAACAAAGAGCUGCCGACUAACGAGAUCUCGGCCCGACAAGUGCAACGUCGGGCGGCAGCAUACACCAUCUUCAACAGAGAACUUGUGAGGCACAGCGUCACUGGUGUCUAUCAGCGCUGCGUAGAGCCAGAGCAAGGCCAAGCAAUCCUCAAAGAUAUCCAUCAAGGCGAGUGUGGUCACCACGCGGCUUCAAGAGCACUUGUUGCCAAAGCUUUCCGCCACGGUUUUUUCUGGCCGACUUCUCUAGAAGACGCCAAAGACUUGGUCCAGAAGUGCAAAGGGUGCCAGAAGUUCCGCUCCAAGCCACAUCAGCCGGCUUCUGCACUGAAGACUAUUCCCAUCGCCUGGCCCUUCGUCAUCUGGGGCCUGGACAUGUCAAACGGCCAGGUGGAGUGA